AGGCUCACAGCUCAAUUCAAACUAUUGUCUUCGUUUCACUUGGCACCAUGGUUUGGCGGCAGCUUGCGACUGCCUGGGUCGCUGGAGCUUCCUUCGUCUCUCCCGGCCCUCCAUGGCAGUCCGCCCGAAGGCCGGAUGUAGAGUUGGUGUUGGAUUUGGACCUGUGCAAAAACAAGCCCACGUUCACAGCAGAUCGCUGCCCCAUUGAUACUAUCGUCGCUUGCUGGUCCUUGGAUGCCCAAGAUGAUUGGUGGUGCCUCGGGGAGGCUAUGGCAGGGCCCAGGGCAGCCAGUGGACUCCCAUGGAAUGUCGCUUGUGACGCGCUUGGGAGCUAUGCAGGAGCUUGCACUUAUGGCAUAGCACCAACAAAGCGUCCUGAGCCUCCUGUGCUUCCAGAGUUGUUAUCUUGGGAAGAUGCAAAGGCCAAGGCCGCAGAGACGGUGAAGCUCAUGAGCUUGGAACAAAAGACUAGCCUUCUCCAAGGCUCGGGCUGGGUAGAUACACAAUGGUGGUUUGACUUGCCACGUUUUUUCUAUGUGGGGAACACACCAGCCGUGCCAGAACUUGGAAUUCCGAGCCUGAACAUGCAAGAUGCCACUGAUGGGUUUCGCACUUAUUGGACCGACUUGAAGGGGACAGUGACGGUUUGGCCCUCGAUUUUGGCAAUGGCUGCAACUUGGGACCCAACAGCUGUCCAAGACUUUGCCGUGGCUGUGGGCAAAGAGUUCCGAGGGAAAGGUGCGAACGUGAUUUUGGGGCCUGGAGUGCAGGUGCAGCGCGUGGCACGCAACGGUCGGUCCUUUGAGUACCUCGCUGGGGACGACCCUUACUUGGGUUCCAAGCUAAGCAAAGCCUACGUGCGUGGAGUUCAGUCUCAGGGCGUCCUCGCCGUGAUGAAGCAUUGGGUCUUCAACAGCCAGGAGACCAACCGAGGCACUGAGAACUCCGUGGUCGAUCCGAAGACGGCACGUGAGCUAUACUUCCCACCCUUCGAGGCGGCCAUUGAAGCUGGUGUUGGAGGUGCCAUGUGCUCCUACAACAAGGUGGAUGGCAAAUAUGCUUGCUCCAAUAGUUACAUCUUGAAUGAUGUAUUGAAAGGAGAGCUUGGAUUUGAAGGCUUUGUUCAGUCUGAUUGGUGGGCUGUACAUGAAGCAUCUUUCCUUGAGGGUCUCGAUCAAGAGAUGCCGGGCAGGGCACCUGAAUUGUUCCUAAGUCCUAUGAAUACCUCCAGACACCCAGAGCGUGUGGAUGAUGCUGUCACUCGCAUCCUGGCAGCUAUGAAUAAAGUGAAUUUGCCUGAGACGUCCUCCUGCUCGCCUCCAAAUUGUUCAGAAUGGUUCGUGCGGAAUGUGACCAGCUCCUCUCAUCAAGCCUUGGCCAAGAGCCUUGCCGCUGAAUCCAUCGUUCUUCUCAAGAACCAGGAUGGACUUUUGCCCAUCACCAAUGCGUCUGGAAUCCGCAAGAUAGCCAUCAUCGGAUCAGUUGCAGUGGGUGAAUCCUAUGACCCGGCUGGAGCAGGGCAGGGACUGGGGAUGGAAUGGUUUUCCGGUGAUUACUACUCUGGCGGCGGCAGUGGUCACCUCACCGGAGAUGUUGUCAAGACCUUGCAUGGCUUGAGUGCCAGGGCGGCCUUGGAGAACAUCGAAGUCAUCGCCAGCCCAAGCAACAAUCUCACUGCAGCACGUGAGGCUGCAGCAGAGGCCGACGUGGCCAUCGUAGUGGUGGGUGCCACCAGUGGUGAGUCAGUGGACCGGCCCAAUUUGCAACUGGAGAAUCAGGGGGAUGAUCUCAUCACAGCGGUGGCCAAUGUAUCUUCUAAGACCGUCGUCUUGAUGCAGGUCUGCGGAGCUGUGCUGAUGCCUUGGCAUGAGGGGGUGGGCGGCAUUCUUGCGCUCUUUUUGGGAGGGCAAGAGACAGGAUCGGCAUGGGCUUCGGUCCUUUUUGGAGACAUCUCACCUAGCGGACGGCUUCCCAUCAUGAUGCCUGAAAGCGAAGCAGAUACCAUAGCCCCAAGUGAGGAGGCGACCAUUGUGUACAGUGAGGGGCUGGCCACCAGCUACCGGAACACCUCCUUCAAGGCAACCUUCCCUUUCGGACAUGGCUUGAGCUAUUCCCAAUUCAUCUACUCGGAUGCACAGAUCGUAGAGUGCCCAUACCAAUUCACCUCCUACCUUUUAUGUGUCAAGUCAGCCGUGAUGAACAAUGGCACUCGGCCUUCGCGCACUGUGGCCCAGCUCUACAUGGAAUUUCCUCCAGAGGCCGAACAACCAGUGGCCAUUCUGAAAGGAUUUCAGAAGACUGCGAUUCUUCAGCCUGGAGACUCAGAAGUCUUGAUUUUCCCGCUUACUGAGCGAGACUUGUCCUACUGGGGCCCAUCUGGGUGGACCAGGGUGAGUAGUGCCGUGGCCCAUUUGGCCGAGUCGGCGAAGAAUUUUGGACCCUCACUUCAGAUUGAGCUUCCCACAGUCGACUCAAGCCCAUCGAGCACCACCAUCUCAUCAGCCCAAGGCUUGGGGCUUGGGGGACUUGGGGUGCUCCCCGUCAUGGCACUGGGAGUUUGGGCUUUGUAGCUGAACACAAACGCUUUAGGGACACUGUGCAUUUGGAAGAAUAGUUCUGUUCAUCUCAUACAUGGCAUGUCCUCCAACUUUGUGGGCCACCUUCUGGUGCUUCAAGGGUGCAAAUUGCCCGUAGAAUAGCGUGUACAGUACAGAUUUGCCACACAGUGCUUCGUGAAGAGCACACGUGGCAGAAUUGCCAGAGGCGGCACUGGACUACAACAAUAGACUUGUGGCCUUUUUGUUCCGCAAAUUUGCUUCUUUUGGUGCCCAGAGUGGCGGCAGAGCUCGGCACAAUUGCUUUCAGUACUUGCCAAGUCGUCAGCCCAAAGUCGCUCG